AUGCAUAUGGAAGGAAAUUACCAGCGGUUGGAGCACCUCGGUGAGGGCACGUAUGCCACAGUGUACAAGGGCAGGUCGCCCAAGGGCGAGAUUGUAGCGCUCAAGGAGAUCCAUCUGGAUCCUGAGGAGGGCGCACCCUCGACAGCCAUCCGCGAAAUAUCUCUGAUGAAGGAGCUCGACCAUGAGAAUGUCGUCAAGCUCCUUGACGUCGUGCACACAGAGACCAAGCUAAUGCUAGUGUUUGAGUUUAUGGACAAGGACCUAAAGCGCUACAUGGACGCAGUCGGUAACCACGGAGCGCUGCCGCCGCAGACUAUAAAGGUUCUGAUGUACCAGUUGCUCAAGGGAAUCAAGUAUUGCCAUGAGAUGCGCGUUUUGCACCGCGACCUUAAGCCUCAAAACCUGCUGAUUAACUCACGCAAUCAGUUGAAGUUGGGUGACUUUGGGCUUGCUCGCGCGGUGGGUAUCCCGGUCAAUACGUUUUCCAACGAGGUCGUUACGCUUUGGUAUCGGGCACCAGAUGUUCUUCUGGGAUCGCGCAACUACAGCAAUACGAUUGAUAUUUGGUCGGCUGGGUGCAUCAUGGCCGAGAUGUUUACUGGUCGGCCGCUGUUCGCCGGGUCGAGCAAUGAUGACCAGCUGGUCAAGAUAUUCCGCAUCAUGGGGACGCCGUCCGAGGCCACAUGGCCAUCGGUAUCGCGGCUGCCUAAUUGGAAAAACAAUCUGCCGAUGUAUCCACCCCAGAGACUCGAGCAGCACCUGCCCCAGAUGGACCCGUAUGCGAUUGACCUGCUGAAGAAACUGCUGGUGUAUGAUCCCGAUUUGAGGUGGGAGGCCAGCAAGUGCCUGACGCACCCUUAUUUCCAGGACCUCUGGCCGCCGCAGGUCCACCAUCCCUUGCAUUUAUCUGUGCAGAUGCAAGAGCAGCAACUCCAGCAGAUGCAUAUACAGCAGCAGCAGCAGCAACACCAGCAGCAGCAACAGCAGCAGCAGCAGCUCCAACAACUCCAGCUUCAGCAACAGCAGCAACACCUUCAGCAGCUCCAGCAGCAUGACAUUAACCCCCAUGCACAGCACCAUAUGCAGCAGCCUCACCAUCCUCAUGGCCAGCCCUAUCCUUAA